AUGUUUCCGCCUCAUCCCAAUAAUCACCGUCUCCGAUCCCCCCAAAAAUAUACACGCCCUCGCGACUCGCGAUCCCUACUUUCUCGCCUCUUCCUCCUCCUCUUCCUCGUCUCUCUUAUCCUAUCCACAGGCGCGGGACGUAGCAUCGAGUCGCCUCGGAAGUCGAGUCGCAUCGAGUCGCCUCGCCAGGUGCCACUCUUGGAGUACUUCGGCCUCGGAAGCACCCCCGACAGGGGCCCGCGGAACAGCUACCAUGGCCUGGUGCGCUUGCGGUGGCGGGAUACCGUGCUCUACCUGGCCGGCAGUUCUUCCCCGUUUUUGAGGCAGCGCAGCGGCCUCAUGAUGAUCCCGUCGGUCGAGUUUGAACUUCUUCCUGGAAGCGGAGCUCAUCGUACCACCGGGCUCCUGCCUCCAUCCUUCUUGGCGCCCUGGUCACGUGCCAGUGUGGCGGAUGUGGGCGUCAGCUGCUUGCUACACUGUGCAGGACGCAAUGAGCUUUGCGUCGACGCGGAUGUGGCCCUAGUGGCUCGCUGUCUGCCGCCCCUCACGGAGCUGCUCCGAUGUGUUCACUGCCAUGACAAGGCAGACUCCAGCGCUUUCCCUGGUCUGGAAAUGAGGUCCGGGGACUGCUACGCUGGAGCUCCCCUGAUCAAAGGCCCCGGGCAGCAGCUCGAAGGCCGCCGCAUGUCCUCGAAGUGCGCCUCGCAGCAGGAGGGCGUCCAGCGGCUCUGCGUCUGUCGUAGCCAAGGGGAGGCGCCCCUGAACUUGCAGAGCGCCUCGGUGCACUUUGCCCUCCGCGAAUCCGACGCCGCCACGAGGUCCAAAAAGGCCUUUGCCGCCACCAAGGAGCGCCGCUCCCGACCGAACUUGAAGCGCUUCGGGGAGACUCUCCAUCGAGGCGCCGUGCCUCGGAGCCAGCUGAGCCCUGCGAAGCUGAGCAUCCUGCUGGUGGUGCCCGAUGGAGGAACCGAAGAGAUCUUGGAACGAACCGUGCGCAGCCUGGUGGAAGCUGGAGGGUUCGCGGCCUCGGCGGUGCUGCUGGCGCACACCGAGCCCAAGUUGUGGAUCGCCAACCUCGCAGAGACCUACGACCUCUCGCGCCUCCAGGUGGAGUUGGAUCAACGGAUCCGUUGGGACCAGGCGCGGCGCGCGGCCCUCUACAAGGGUGCGCUGGAGACGGUGUUGAAGCGUGAAGAUGGGAGCCAAGUGGUCUUGACACUCUCCUAUGGAGACUUAGUGGCGCCCGAUGCCCUUUG